GCAGCCUUCCUGUGUUCCGCCCGGACUUUUUAGUCCUUUGCUCACGCGUCCUUGACUUCCUACCGGAGGUGAUAGCUAAUCGUUGUUAGCUGGAGGCGCGAGGUCACUUCAAACUCGACUUUUGGCCGCUUUUUGUGUCAGGAUGGGGAUCUUUCCAGACGAAGGGAAGCGUCUGCCUCCUCCGGGGAUCGUGAACAGGAAUUCGGUGUGGCUGUCGGCGGUGGGCUGGUGCACGGCGAUGCUGCAGAACGCCAUCAACCUCAGGCCGCCCUUAAAGUCAGGCGUUCAUCGGCAGGUCCUGCUGGCGACCAUCGGCUGGUUCAUCGGCUACCACAUCACCAAAUAUGAAAACUACAGCUACGCCAAACUUGAUCGAGACAUGAACGAGUACAUCAGACUCCACCCGGAGGAAUUUGUACCGAAAGAGAAGAAGACGUUUGCAGAGAUUGUGGAACCUUUCCAUCCCGUGCGCUGAGUGCCACCGCCUUCUGGCAUGGAAGACAACUCCUGCAGGCUCCAGUCCAACUCCAGCAGCCUUUUUGUGUAACUUUUCUGUCUUAUGUCCUGUGAAAUAUGUAAAUAAAAAGUACAAAAAAAAA